CCUCUUUCAGUGUUUUACAAAAUGUUUAACGAAACAAGCUUCUUUUACGACAUGGAAAUAAACGAAUGGGUUGAGCUACUCGCCAGGGAUGUGAAGGAGCGGCCGGAGUGGGUGCGCCUCACGUUUGUGGCGCUGAUGCUGGCUGUGUUCGCGGCCGGGCUGGUCGGCAACCUGCUCACGUGCGCCGUCAUCUACUGCGACAAGACCAUGCACACCGCCACCAACUAUUACCUCUUCAACUUGGCGAUAUCCGACCUUAUACUCGCCUUCGCGAUAUUGUUAGAGCUGAGAUUUUAUACCACGGUGGCAGCAGAUCACAGUUUUGAGUAUGAAUAUAUCGAAAACUUGAUAUGUAUAAUACAAAUGGUUAUAACAGUAGCUCUGAUGAAUAAUGGCAUACUGAACCUAACUGUGCUGGCCAUUGAGCGGUACAUAGCGAUCUGGCAUCCUUUGUUAUUGAACAGAAGACCUAUUUGGCGUAGGGUGACGAAGGUCAUCGCAUGCAUUUGGAUCGUUGCCAUUUUGGAGGCUCUACCUGAAAUUUGGACACUAGCUUUCAUUAAAACUAAUACGUUGGCUAUAUGUAUUAUGGUGCCGACAGCGUUUGCUAGGAUCUUGAACGGGGUCCUCGCUUUGGUGACGUUCGUGAUUCCCCUGGGCAUCAUGGUGUUCGUGUACUCGAUGAUCGCGUUCAAAGUGAAUGUCACGCCGAGGAAAAAUUCAAGGGACAAAAUAUUCAACCAACGGGAUAACAGGAGCAGAGUUCAUAAGCUCGUUGGUAAGUUGAAUAAAACUACAUCAGAAUCUGAUUCGGGUUACCUCAGAACAGAUUGAAUUAAAAUCACUAGUUUUUUCAGUUAUUGCGCCCAAUUUUGCAGAGAUCAUUAUAAUGCAAUUAAAUGUCCAAAUAAGUCUCCUAA